AUGAGGCCCACAGUCGCGCCGAUCGGCGGGUCGCGCGACAGCCGGUAUCCUAAGGACAAGGACAGCCCCACAGAGCUGUCCCCGCCGUCCAGCCAGCGCGGCGACAGGGACGACGCGUCGGAGGGCACGCGGCUGGAGGGCGCAUCCUCCGUGUCGUCGAAGGACCUGGGCAGGCGCUCCGCGGUGCACCGGCCGGGGAGCGGCAGCAGGCUGCAGCCGCGGCAGGGGCAGCAGCAGGCGGACGCCGCGCGCUCGGACGACCAGCAGCCAUCGCAGCAGGCGCCCCGCCAGCAGCAGCAAGCGGGCCCGUCUGGCCGCGGCGGUGGCGUGGGAGCGUCCAGAGCGCGCGGCUCGCCCGCAGCCUCGGAUCCUGAUGCAAGUGUUGCGCAGGAGGAGCGGGCAUCCGCGCAGGCGCUUGCGCUGUCGCCGGUGCACGCGCUGACUUCCAGCUUGGACAAACAGCAGCAGCAGCAGCAGCAGCAGCACCAGCAGCAGCAAGAGCCGCGGCCGCGCAGCGAGACCGCGCCGCCCGGCGGCGUUCCGGGCGAGCGCCUCACCGCCGCCGGCCCCGGGCCCGGCAGCGAGCAGCGCGCGAGCGCGCAGCGGCGCUCUCUAGCCUCGCAGGACCGCAGCGGCGGCCGCACCCGCCCCGGCGCCGGCCGCGCCGCGGCGAUGACGGCCCCUGCUGCGGGGCGCCCGCGGCUGGGCGCAGACGCGUCUGCUGACGCGCCGUUGAUACCGAGGGUGCUUUUUGAGUCGGACGAGGGCGGAGAGUUGAGUGACCCUUGCGAGCCGUCUGGCGGCGAGCGAGCGGCGGCCGGCACGCCAUCAGGGGGUGCGGCGGCAUUCGGCGCGGCGGCGGCGGCAAGCCCAGAGGCAUCGGGCUGCGAGACGUCUGAUUAUGAGCGGGAGUGCGACGCGCCCGCCGCCGCCUCGCCCCCAGCGGCGGCCCCCACCACCUCCCCGGCUGCCUCUGGGGACCCGGCCGCCGCGGCGCACCCGCGCGCGACCGAGGCUGCGGCGCGGGCGCUCGACGCCGCCGCGUCGGCGCCGCUGCCCGGCGGCCACCACCACCACCACCACCGGCACCGCGGUGGGCGGCAGGCGGUGUCUGAUCUGUCAGAUCUGGACGACGGGUCCGACGUGCUCAUAGGCAGCCUGUCUGUCGGCGAUUACCAAUCGGAGUUCUCAACCCCUGGUCUUCUUAGCAGCCUGCGGGGGGAUGACGAACGGGGCCCUGGAUCCGGAGCCCGCGGCACCCCCGAGCACCAUGGCCCGCACAGCGUUGCGAGCCGGCCUGGCGCGGGCGGGGCGGUGGCAGCGGCCGCCGCGGGCGCGGCUGCAGCGGCCGCGCGCCGGGCCGCGGGUGCGCAGCAGCAGGAGCAGCCGGCGGAGGGGCCGCCCGUGUCGCUGCUGCUGCCCGGGUUGCCGCUUGUCUCGCCGCGUGGGGGCGGCGGGGGGCCGUGCGGCAGCGGCGGCAGCAACGUGUCGACGCCUCGCUCGCGCUACGAGGCGAGUGCCGAGAGCAUCAGCAGCAGCGGGGGCGGCGCUCGCCUCGCCGCAUGCGCCGGCGCGUCCCACGCGCGCGGCAACGGGCUCGGGCCCGGAUGGGGCCCCGUGCAGCAGCAGCACCACCACCAGCAGCAGCAGCAACAGGAGGAGCAGGGGCCUGGCGACGGGGCGGGCCACCCCCACAGCAAUGGUGGCAGCGUUGACAGCAGCAGCAUGCUCAUGCCAGUCAUGUCUGGCAGGAUAUGCGACCAAUCGCUCAGCGCCGCCGCGGCCGCCGCAGCCCAGCAGCAGCAGCAGCAGGAUGAGGAGGAGGCAGGUGGCGGCGGCGCGGAGGAGAUGCUUGACCUUGACUGCGCACCCACAGGCUGCGCGGCGAGCGACGCGGCGAGCCCGUGCCCCAAGGCGCCCGGGGCGCGCUCGUCGCCGGGGGUGCGGUCCCCGAGCGCCGGGGCCGUCGCAGCGUCGCUCGCGGCAUGGCGGCCGCCCAUGUCGCCGGAGCGGCUGCAAGAUAUCGUGCGCGAAGGGGGCGGCCACCGCGGUCCGCUGGGAAGUUGGUCCGGCGAUUGGGCGGUCGGCAGCGCAAAGCGGCAACCGGGGCAGCAGCAGCGCUCCGCGGGGUGGCAGCGCGGUGGGGCCGGCGGCGGCGACGAGGGCGUCGACGGCGGCGGCGGCGAGCGGGACAGCCGGGCGCGCGCCGACGACCGGUCCCCUGAUGCAGCGGUCACGCGCUCGCUGCCGCUGCUGGUCGCCGCGUUGGGGCGCGGCAGCGUGCGGCUGCCGCACGGCGACGCGAUGGCGUGGCUGCACAACAACGAGCUGUUUGAGCCGGAUGGUUCUUCGCUGGGUGCGACGCCGCCGGGCACGGCGCGGGCAGGCUGCACCAGCCUGCCCACAUCGCAGGAGCUUAAUGAAGCCGUCUCGACCGACGCAUGGCGGCGCCAUAUCAUAGCGGCUCGGCGCGAAGGCGUGCAGGGCGUCGACGGCCUGGAGCGCGUCGUCCGAGCCGCCCAGCGGCCCGCGCCGGCCAGCGAGGGCCGCGGCAGCAACCGCGGAACCAGCAGCUCGACUCUCAGCGCCGACAGCGACGUGCUCCACCCGCAGCGGGCCGCAGCCCUGCGAGCGGCGGCGCUCGCGGCGGAGAGGGCCCAGCUGCAGCGGCAGCGCGACGCCGCGGCGGCCGACAUGCGGCAGCAGCGCCUGCGGCUGGAGCGGCAGCUCGAGGACGCGGCGGCGGCGCUGGAGCGCGAGCGCGGCGCCGCUGCGGCGGAGCGGGACGUGCUGCAGCGGCGGGUGCGAACCCUGGAAGAGACCGCGCAGGAGGCGCAGGCGCAGCUGGACGCCGCCGCGGCGGAGGUGUCUGAGAUGCGGGACCAGCUGCGGCUGAUGGCGGCACGCCUGGCGGCCAGGGACCAGGCGGUGGUGCAGCACAUACAGGGGCUGGAGGCCGCGCAGCUGGAGUCCCAACGCGCCGCCCUGGAGUCCGCGCGCCAGCAGCAGCAGCAGCUCCACGCCGCGUACUCGCAGCUGCGCGACAGCUUCCUCGCGGUGCACACGGCCCUCAGCCCCCACAACCUGGAGGUCGCCUUCGGCUUCAAGGGCGGCGCGCUGGGGCGGCUGGGGCUCGGCGUGGAUGCGUAUGAGGCGCUGACCGCGCGCGUGCUCGCCGCGCGGCAGCUGCAGGGCGGGGAUGCGGACUUGGUGGUGGCGCGCGUGCGGGAGGUGCUGGCGCAGGUGCACCAAUCAAUCCUGAACCUCGAGCGCGGCGAAGCCGCUGCGCGCGCCGACGCGACCGCGGCGUCCGCUGCGUCGUCCGCCGCCGCGUCCGCCGCCGCCGCAGCAGAUGCGCGCGCCGCGGACCUGUCGCGCCGGCUCGAGGCCGCGGAGGCAGAGGGGCGCGCGCUGGGACGGCGGCUGGACGACAUGAAGGAGGAAGCCGAGGCGAAGCUGGCCAGCCUGGCGGAGGCCUUGUCGGCGGCGACGGAUGAAGUAGAGCGCCUGACCGCGCGCGCAGGCGAUGGCGAAGCACGCCCCGCGGCGGCGCUCGCCGAGGUGGCCGCCGCGACAGCGGCUGCGGCCGCGGCCGAGGCCGCCGCCGCCACCGAGGGUGAGGGGGAGGGCGAGGAGCGGGGGCUGCGGCGGCAGCUCGAGGAGGCGCGGGCGGCGGCGGGCGCCGCGGGGCUGCAGGCGCGCGACGCGCAGCGGCACGCGGCGGACGCGGUGCGGCGGUGCGUGGAGGCAGAGGGGGAGGCGGCUGCGAAGGCCGCGGAUUUGGCCGCGGCGCAGGAGGCUCUCCAGGCCAAAGACGACCGCAUCGUGGAGCUGCGGGCCGCGCUGGCAGAUGCGAUCGCGAGCGAAAAGCGUGCGGCUGUCGCGCUCCACGCGCAGCUCGCCGACGCGCACGCCGCGGCCGCCGGCGCCUCGGCGCGCGCCGACGAGGAGGCGGGCCGCGGCGAGGUCGCGCGCGUGGGCGCGGCGGCGGGCGCAGCGCGGGCGGCGCAGCUGCAGCUGCGGGUUGAUUCUGCGGCUGCUGAGCUGGCGCAGGCGCGGCGGCGGGCAGAGGCGGCGGAGGCGGGGUGCUGGCUCGUAUUUGACCAGGCGCGAGAGGCGGCGGCGCUCGCCGCUCAAGAGCUGCGGGCCAGCUCAGGCGAGCAGCUGCGGCACGCGCCCCAGCAGCUGCCCAGUGGGCCGCAGGGCAUGGAUGCUGCAAUUGACGAGGAAGCCCGAGAGGAUCGCCUGCUGCUUGAGCAGUUAGAGGGGAAGCUGCUCCUGCUGCCACCACUGCGGACCGCGGCGCCCGCUGCAGGCGCUAGCCACAGCGGCGCCGACGGCGGCGGCGUCAGGGCCGGCGCGGACGGUCACUCGGGCGCCCUGCCGCCGGUCCCCGCGGCGGCGCGCGCGGCCGACGCAGCAGCGCUCGCGGCGCUAACGGCCGCCGCGCUGCGGUCGCGCCUGCGGCGCCUGCGCCGGCGCGCCGCGCA